UUUAAUAUAAACAGUGUUGUAUUUUUCGAUUGCACGAUUAAGCACAUAAUCCAGAUGCACUGAAAAACGUCAUCGGGUACUCACGGAUAUUCUUCGUCAUUAUUAUCCUAAUAGUAUAGGAAAAGUAAUAUUUAAAAUGAAACUUACCUGCCGGCUGGCCGUAUAUUACAGGUGUCUUCUGUGAAAUUUGAAUUGGCGUUCGAGGUUUGUCUUUUUUAAAUCGAGUAUUGUACUUUCGAUACAAAAUUCGAUUCGCAGCAGAAGGCUGGUGUUGUAGUGCCGGAUAGUGCAUUAAAAAUGGUGGUGAAAGACAAAGAAGAAGUUUCCGAGCAGAUAGAAUGGAAUGUUGAAACAGAAGUGCAGUUAUUUUAUGCUAUGAUUGGCCACAAACCCGUUGGUGUUAACAAGCACUUCCAGAUGGCUUGCAUCCUUGAGAAGUUCAGAAAUGCUCUGAAUAAAGACGUUUCAUCAAAAGUUAUAUGGGAUCAUUUGGACACAAUGUAUGACAUGCAGGCCUUGGAUGACACCGAGAACCUGCCCUUCCCUAAUGAUGAUAAGGACUUUUGUCUUCCUGAAACAGAGUUUGGUGAUUUGAUGGAAGAAAAAGUGAACUCGGGCUCUAGUAUGGAACAAUCAUCCACUGAUAAUGAGGUCAAGAAAGAGCCAAAAGCUGUGAAAGAUGUGAUUAAAAAGGAAGUGAACAACAAAGAGGUAAAGGAACCUGUUGUGAAAAAAGAAGGAAAAGAAAUCAAAGACACAUUCAAGGAAAUAAAGAGGGAGUCCAAGGAACAUACAAAGGAACCCAAGAAAAUCAGCAAAGACAAAGACUUUAGAAGAGAAAGUAAAGACAGUAAAGAUGGAAAAAAGGAAAACAAGAAGGAAGUUAGGGAAACACCGAAAGAAAUUAAGGUAGAAUCUUUGGAGAGUAAAGAUGUCAGGUCACAUAAGGUACACCGAACAAGCACAAAAGAAAGAAGGGAGAGUAAGAAAGAUGAUACAGACAAGGAUGAUACUGCAGCCACGUCUUCCAUAAAGAAAGAACGCUCCAAGGACUCACACGAACAUAGACAGGAAGAUACCCCAAAACGUAUUGCUAGUGGUGUUGGGAACAGUAGCAGUGGUGGGGGUGGUGGAGCAAACAGUGGGAGUGGCACUGGUGGAGGUGGUAGUGGUAGCAGUAGUAGCAGCAGCAAGCGUUCAACAAGGGGCGCUCUGAAGCCAGAUGAUGUAAGUUCCAGCAAGUCAUCGAGUCCGAUCAGCGCACCUACUCCUCCCCCAUACAAAAGGAGAAGAACAUGACAAUUACGGCAGUAUUAGAUGCUUCCAAGUUUUGUUUUGUGAAGCACCUUGAGACUUCAGUAUUUGUAUUAGUAAUGUCUUAAACAGCUUUACAUCCAGAAGGAAUAAUUUCUCUUUCACAAAGAGAUAAUUUUACCAUUCUUUAAAGGAAGUAAUGUUUCUGUGUGCAUGCAUGAGUUGAAAUUACAAAUGCAAGUAAUUCAUGUUGAGGAAAUUUAUGGUUAAAUGGGUCCAGGCAAUGAUAUUUCAAGUUACAUAACAGGAAGAUGAAAUCAUAUAAUCCUAAGAAGAUCCCAUACCAAUGUGUAUAAAUGACCACUUGUGGGAAAUAUGAAGAAGCUUACAGAAAAAGAUGAUGGCAACUUCUGAUUCAAGACAAACAUCCAUCGCUCUCAACAGUGACUGUAAUCUUAACCUCUUCGUGUACUGGCAAAUAGGCUGUGUUUGAUGUAUAAGACAUAUUACCUUGCUGGUUGGUGUGUGUUUUAUGCAGGCUAUGAAGCUUGUUUAUUUGUUCUGUAGAAACAAUGUUGUUAUAUUUUGUUGUUCUUUGCUUUAUGUAAGAAAACACAAAUUUUCCUGUGAUUUGGUUGUUUGAAAAUGUGGAUUGUGACUUCAGUAUGGUCUUCUGCUUUUAUAAUUAGUAGUCUUCAUGAAUCUAUUCUACAGCUAAAAAGUAUGUAUCUCAGUAAGAUCUGACUAUAGGAAACAGGACAUAAUUGUGUUUUAUCAGUUAAAUUAUUCAAGUAUUUAUUUAACAUAUUGUCUGAUCAUAAAUGCAAUGAAAUAUUUUGUGUACAGAGCUGCCAAGAAAUAGAUGCAUUGUUGCAUGCACACCGUAAUCUAAUGCAGUAUUUGAGUAGCGAAAUUGUGUGCAGCAAUUAAUAAAAGCAUGUUGUGUUCAGCAGAAGCAAAAUCAUUGAUUGUGAAUGAGGUUUGUAUCAGUGUGAGAGUGACAUAGUUGCAUAAUUUUGACAUCAAUUCAAAUGCUUUAUGGUGCUUGAUAGAAUUAGAAAACAAAUCUUAACACACACUUUAGGUACAAUAGGUAUCUGUUGAAAUGUCACACAAAACUGGAAUUGGUUCAGUUAAAUGUGCAACGUUUCUGUAGUACAGAAUAAUCUAUAGAUUUGAAGUUAGUUAUAAAUAUACAAAAUAUUGGCUAUAGUGGUGCAUUUUAAAAUUGGCUCAGAGACUGGUAAUAAAUAUGUUCUUAAUAAUAUCAGUCGCCACAAGAUAAAAAAAAUAAAAAAAAUGGAUUCUGAAAUUUUCAGAACUAUAGAAGUUGAAUGUAGAGUAAUUCAAGGAAUUAAAAAAUUCUGCGGAGAAAUAGAUUCCUCCGUGGAUUCCGUAUUAUCAAAAAAGCAAAGACCAUACACAAGUAUUUCCAAGAUCAAUGCAAAGACAAUUUGGAACAAUACUGAGCAUGAAACUAAUAAACUUAGCCAGGCAAAUGAUGAUCUUUAUUAGUUUCUCCAUGUUCUGAUGGUGCUAAUUCUGCUACUGUAAGUUCAAUUAAUAAAAAUCUGCUCUAGUUGCUAAUAAGAAUGUUAUGAUGCCCACAACCUGUUUGACAUUGCCUCUUUACAGCAUAUUUUUCAGAUCUCUGUGAAAAUGACCUGGUGUAAAGGCCGAAAACAGUCAAGGACUUAAGUUCUUAUUACCAACUGGAAUGGUUUUUCAUUAAUUAAAUGAUCAACUAACUAAUGACAGUGUGGCGGCUGAUCUGAAAUUCAAAUCAUUGGCCACAAAAUUUAACGAAUUCUUCCUGAAAAUAGCUGAAAACAUAGACAAAAAUUGAACCAUCAAAAGACAUUGGAUACUUUGCGAACAGACACGCGUUUCACCAAAUCAACUGUUAGAGAGAUCACAAAAAUUAUGAGGACACUGAAAAGCAUUAACUCCCCCUGGUGAUUCAGUUGAAGUAUUUAAAUCUAGUGCUGGCUUCACAGCCCCCCCCCCCCUCCCCAACCUCACACACACACACACACACACACACACACACACACACACACACAUAUGUGCACACAUACAUAUUUCAAUUAAUCUUUGCAAUCAUUCAAUAAGUCAAACUAUAUUUCCUCAAAAGCUGAAUACUAACAGUUUAUCAUGACUAGUACUGACUGACUCAUGCUGAUAACUGUGGUGUUACUUUUAGAUUAUAAAUAGAAGAAAAGAUGUCUUUUGAAAGGAAAAAGAGAGCCCCAGCAUUUCAGGAAAGUUUUUGAAAUGUGGCACUACAGAAGAAUGCUGAAGAUUAGAUGGGUAGAUCACAUAAAAAUGAGGAGGUAUUGAAUAAAACUGAGGAGAAAAUAAAUUUAUGGUGUAACUUGACUAAAAGAAGGGAAUGGUUGAUUGGGCAUAUUCUGAGGCACCAAGGAAUUGUCAGUUUAUUAUUGGAGGGAAAUAUGGAGGUUAAAAAUUGGUGAGGAAGAAGAAGAGGUGACUACAGUAAGCAAGGUCGAAUGGAUGUGGAUUGCAGGAGUUAUUCAGAGACCGGCACCGGAUAGAGUAGUGGGGAGCUGUAUUAAACCAGUCAUGAGAUUGAAGGCAACAACAACAACAACAACAACAACAACACCACCACCACCACCACACGUAAAUGAGUUGGCUUCAGUGGCUGUCUCUACCUGUUCGAGUGUAACUCGAUCCGGUCCUCACUCCUGAAGGACCUCCUUUGUGUCUGCAUUCUGGAACAUUAUUUAUGAAUUAAAAAUGAAUGAAUGAAAUAGACUGUGACACAGUAGUUUCAAGCAAUAGCAUUUUUCACCACUUUUUCCUGUAUUAGUCCCAUAGAACAGUAUUUC